AUGGUGGAUUCGGAUCCAGGAGACUCGGGGAACCGCAGUCUGCUGCUGUUGUUGAUAAUUCUCACAGCCUGGAAGCCGGGGAGCGGUCAGGUCCACUACUCGGUCCCCGAGGAGGCCAAACACGGCACCUUCGUGGGCCGCAUCGCGCAGGACCUGGGGCUGGAGCUGACGGAGCUGGUGCCGCGCCUGUUCCGCGUGGCGUCCGAAGGCCGCGGGGACCUGCUGGAGGUGAAUCUGCAGAAUGGCAUUUUGUUUGUGAAUUCUCGGAUCGACCGCGAGGAGCUGUGCGGGCGGAGCGCGGAGUGCAGCCUGCACCUGGAGGUGGUGGUGGAGCGGCCGCUGCAGGUCUUCCACGUGGAGGUGGAGGUGAAGGACAUUAACGACAACCCGCCCGUGUUCCCGAGAGCACAAAAGAAUCUGUUUAUCUCGGAAUCCAGGCCUCUUGACUUUCGGUUUCCACUAGAGGGAGCAUCCGAUGCAGAUAUCGGGGAGAACUCUUUGGUGACUUACAGGCUGAGCCCCAAUGAGCAUUUCUCUCUGGACGCCCCAGCCGCAGACGAACAGGUAAGAUCUCUUGGACUUGUGUUACGGAAACCUUUAGAUAGAGAAGAAGCUCCAGAGAUUUUCUUAGUGCUCACGGCCACUGAUGGCGGCAAACCUGAGCUGACUGGCUCUGUUCAGUUACACGUCACGGUGCUGGACGCCAAUGACAACGCUCCAGCUUUCGACAGAACACUCUAUGCGGUGAAAUUACCAGAAAACAUUCCCAACGGAACGUUGGUAAUUAAACUUAAUGCCUCGGAUUCAGACGAGGACUUGAAUGGGGAUAUCCUUUACUCAUUUUCUAGUGAUGUUUCUCCAGACGUGAAAUCUAAAUUCCAUAUAGACCCAAUAAGCGGAGAAAUUCUGGCAAUAGGACAUAUCGAUUUUGAAGAAACUAAAGCCUACAACAUUCGAGUAGAGGCGAUUGAUAGAGGCUACCUUCCACUGGCUGGUCACUGCGCCGUCAUUUUGGAAGUUAUGGACGCGAAUGACAAUGCUCCAGAGUUGACUGUCACUUCUCUGUCUCUUCCUAUCUCAGAGGAUGCUCAGCCCGGCACAGUCCUAACCUUGAUAAAAGUGUCUGACCGCGAUUCUGGCGCCAAUGGGCAGGUGACCUGCUCCCUGACACCGCACGUUCCCUUCAAGCUGGUGUCCACCUUCAAGAAUUACUAUUCUCUGGUGCUGGACAGCGCCCUGGACCGCGAGAGCGUGUCGGACUAUGCAGUUGUGGUGACCGCGCGGGACGGGGGCUCUCCUUCACUGUCGGCCACAGCCAGCGUGUCCGUGGAGGUGGCCGACGUGAACGACAACGCGCCCACGUUCGCGCAGCCCGAGUACACGGUGUUCGUCAAGGAGAACAACCCACCCGGCUGCCACAUCUUCACGGUGUCCGCGCGGGACUUGGAUGCGCAGGAGAACGCGCUGGUGUCCUACUCGCUGGUGGAGAGGCGGGUGGGCGAGCGUGCACUGUCGAGCUACGUGUCCGUGCACGCGGAGGGCGGCAAGGUGUUCGCGCUGCAGCCUCUGGACCACGAGGAGCUGGAGCUGCUGCAGUUGCAGGUGAGCGCGCGCGACGCGGGCGUGCCGCCUCUGGGCAGCAACGUGACACUGCAGGUGUUCGUGCUGGACGAGAACGACCACGCGCCCGCGCUGCUGCCUCCCGGGGCGGGCAUCGGUGGCGGCGGGGGCGGCGCUGUGAGCCAGCUGGUGUCUCGGUCUGUGGGCGCGGGCCACGUGGUGGCGAAGGUGCGCGCGGUGGACGCGGACUCUGGCUACAACGCGUGGCUGUCUUAUGAGCUGCAGGCGGCGGCGGGUGGUGCGCGCAGCCCAUUCCGCGUGGGGCUGUACUCGGGCGAGAUCAGCACGACGCGUGUCCUGGACGAGGCUGACGAACCUCGCCAGCGCCUGUUGGUGCUGGUGAAGGACCACGGGGAGCCUGCGCAGGUGGCCACGGCCACUGUGCUGCUGUCUCUGGUGGACAGCAGUCAGGCCCCGAAGACCUCGUCGCGUGUGUCUUCCAGCGCCGGGAGCUCAGAGACCGCCCUGGUGGACGUGAACGUGUACCUGAUCGUCGCCAUCUGCGCAGUGUCCAGCCUGUUGGUGCUGACGGUGCUGCUGUACACGGCGCUGCGGUGCUCGGCCCCGCCCAGCGAGGGCGCGUGCGCGCAGGGGAAGCGGGUGCUGGUGUGCUCGAGCGCAGUGGGGAGCUGGUCGUACUCGCAGCAGAGGAGGCAGAGGGUGUGCUCUGGGGAGGGGCCGCCCAAGACGGACCUCAUGGCCUUCAGCCCCAGCCUCCCUCAGGGUCCCAGCUCUGCAGACAAGGUAAAUCUAAAGAAAUUUUAUUUUCAGCAAUUUAAAAACAGAGUUUAA